AGCCGUGAAGCGAACUUUGUUCUGCACUUUUCCCCGAAUAAAGAGCACAAGACGACGGCGGCAGCUCUCCUCUCUCUCUUCUUCUCUUAUUUGAUUCUAUUUUAUUUCCUUUCAUUUCGUUAUUUUUUUAUUUUAUUAUUGCAUGUCGUUUUAUUGACCCCACGUCAGUCACGAUGCGCCCCCCGCGGACCGACACACUCCUCGCCAUCGCUGUUUUUCUCCUUCUGCUCCGGUUUCGUCUCACUUUCGCCCAGCAGCAAUGUGAUAUGACCGCUGUGGUCGGGGACACGGUGACCAUCCCACUGGGGGGGGGUCCACACCCCAAGGACCUCAAGAACCUGGUGUGGAAGCACGAAACCGGGACGGGAUCUUUGACGGCGUUCCGGAGGAGCGGAGGACGGGUCUCCAGAGGCACCGGACGAGAUGUGACCGGGGACGGAUCCCUCGUCCUGCGCGACGUCCAGAUGUCCCACUCAGGACAGUAUUCUGCUCGUGUGGCCAACACUGAUGGAGUUCGACCCGUGACGGUGACCCUGUGUGUGACGAAACCAGUCUAUGGACUACUGGGAGCAGACGUGGAACUGGACCCAGAUGUGAGCGAGACCCUUUUCGACAUCUCAUGGCAGAGAGGACGCUACAUUGUAGCCAUGUGGUACCGGGAUAUUGAAUAUAGUUAUUAUGGCAGAUGUGAGACCGGCGAGCAAUGUGACCUGAAUAACUCUACUGGGGUGUUGGUAAUGAAAGGGUUAAAAGCAGAAGAUGAAGGACGGUACCUUGCUGAAAUCAACGGGAAAACGCCUCUAACGGGACUUGACCUGAUCCCACUGAAACCGGUGUCCAAACCCAGUGUGACCACGUCCUGCAACGAGACCCAGUGCAUCCUGACCUGUGUGGGAGAGGAGACUAAACACACCAAAUACUCCUGGAAAGAGGACAAUGAAACUGUAAAGGAGGGAAACACCUUGACGGUGGAGAAGAGUGGAGAGCAGAGUAAAAGUUACACCUGUGUGUUCAGUAACCCUAAGAGUGAGGAGCACAGUGACCCUCUCACUGAGAUGGACUUAUUUCCAGAUCCUGUGUCCAAACCCAGUGUGACCACGUCCUGCAGUUGGACCCACUGCAUCCUGACCUGUGUGGGAGAGGAGACUAAACACACGAAAUACUCCUGGAAAGAGAACAAUGAAACUGUAAAGGAGGGAAACACCUUGACGGUGGAGAAGAGUGGAGAGCAGAGUAAAAGUUACACCUGUGUGUUCAGUAACCCUAAGAGUGAGGAGCACAGUGACCCUCUCACUCAGAUGGACUUAUUUCCAGCCAAAGGUUCUUCAGCUGGUCCCAUCACUGGUAGUGUCUGUGGAUGGGUGGUGUUGUUCACAGUGCUGGUAGCAGGAGCUCUGAUUUAUUGAAAGAAAACAUUCACAAGGUGUAAAUCUCCCUGAGGAGAAGAGG